UGCCACCGUCGUCGCUGUCAUUCACUGGCUUUCACUUUUCCGUGGCGAUAUCUCGUAUCUUGAUCGCGCGAGAGAUACGGUCAGGAAAAUGGAACGGAAAUUGAUAAUGAUGUGGGAUGAUCGAAAUAUUUUAUUGGUAUUUUGCUUUUUCGUCAUGUUAAUCACCCUCACAUCGGCAUAUGAUCCAGAUGACAAGUCCCUAAAGGAUAUUCUCUUACCGGAAGGUCAGUUCGAGGCAUUUUAUCUGAAAGGUACGCAAGACGAGGAGCAAAACGCUGUGAGACCGCCCCAUCUUCAUGGAUCCUUCCAUCAAUAUCGAAAUCCUGCAUUGGUUGAUGCACCGAAUAGCGCCGCAUAUGGAUUUCGUUUCGACGGAAAACGCCGCUUUAACUUCAGUUAAACUUAUCAUAAACAGUUAAAAAAAAAGAAUAAAAGAAACAUUGAAUA